AUAGUGUCAGUCUUACUUUUCCUUAUAACAACAAGUGCUAUACUAAGUGUCAUCUACAUUUCAAGUAAGUAAUUAAUUUUUGAUUAGUAAUAAUGUAAGAGUUCUCAAAAAAAAAAAUUAUUUACAUUUUUCUUUUGUUUUUGUUUUUUUUUAAUUACUGUUAGCAAAAAUAGCUUAUUUUCUUGUUUUGGAAAUGGACCUAAAAUCAAUUAACCAAAGCUGUGCCGGCUGGGGUAGACAGGUUGAUGAGGUGUCAUCCGAUCAAAAAAAAGAACCUAACGUCAACAACGAUUCUUGGGGUGUAGAACCUGUGGGGGGUUCCUAUUUCACAGAUCAAAAAAAAUACUCUACCGUCGACCAUUCUUGGGAUGAAGGACCUGCGGUGAGUUUCUACAAUCCAGAAGCGUAUGUGCUAUCGAACCCGAUAAUCCGCUGUCCUCCGCCAAAAAUGAGUAAGACGGCAAAAAAAAAAAUCAGGGAGCAAGAACGAAAAAGAUUUUGUAAUUUUCGAAUGGUGCCCCCAAAACAUUAA